AGUGAAGGCACCAGGCCAUCUCACAAAGCUAGUGGCUUACCGACCAGUGCUAGCUUCUAGGAUCAUGGGGACCAGCCUGCGUAGCCAGUCCUUUAGAGAACCCCGGCCCUCCUAUGGGAGGCUCCAUGAGUCCCAGGGGAGGUCUCUGGAUGGCCGACUCCACAGAGCACUGAGCCUCAGACUGGGCCGUGAGAAGUCCAGGUCGCAGGUCCCCGAUGGCACGGAAGGGCUGGAGGUCUCUGUCCAGGAGCGGCUGCCAGGGACCCUGGGAGACAAAGAACAGCUGAUCCAAGGCCAGAGAGGAGGAGGCAGCCGGCGGUGGCUGAGACAGUACCAGCAGCAUGUGAAAAGAAGGUGGAGGAGUUUUGUCGCCAGCUUCCCCAGUGUGACCCUGAGUCAACCAGCCUCCCCAGAGACCUUGUUGGACACCAACAACUAAAGCUGCUGUGACUGUCCCUCACUCCACCGGCUCUGCUCCUGUGUCUUUUCAUCUGCCCCUGCAUGGCUUUUCUGGACUCUGAACUGCUCCAGCUUUUGAACUUUGUCUUGUGACCCAAGGAGGCCUCUGCCACCAGAUCAUUCAAAGCCCCCAUGUGGCUGCUCUUCUUGGUUCUGGCACCUAUCUCUUAGCAAAGAUCUCCAUAGGCCUGAAGAGGAAAUACCUGGCUCUCUACCUUUUGGGUUUAAAGACUCCCUGGACUGGCAUUUAUGAAGGUCUUAGGGACCUACACAGAAAUGAGAGUAGCAACUGUGACCCCUUGGCCCCACAAAGACCAGCCACCCACUUCCAGGUCAGAGUUCAGUGAAGCCAAAGAAAGGCUGAGAACUUCCUGAAUAUCACCUGCUCCCAGGGCCAAGCUCCACAUGGCUUUCUGGGCAGCUGCCAGUGACUGGCCAAGGCUUGGGCCUCCCUCAUAGACUGUGAGCCUUCACAGGCUAGGACCAUGUCUGGACUGUCCUGGGGGGGUUGCUAUAUGCCUGAGAAGCCCAAACAUGCAUAUGGCUGCCUUUGGACUUCAUGAUAUCCCGAUGAAGAAAGCAGGGAAGUCUUCUCUCCCUGUGUGACAGAGGGAAACUGAGGUCAGGAGUGGAGAAGAGACCUUCCUCCUACACAUACACACUGCCUAACACUGGGGUUGAACCCAUUAAUAAAGCCACUGACCUGAA